AUGGGACUUUCGGAGGUGAAGCAGGAAGAUGGUGAGGAGGAGACCGUUGAGGUCUCCGUGGAGGCGGAGGUGGAAUGGGGGGAGGAUUGGGGCGUGGAAAACGCCAAGUGGCUGGAGGCCCCGGAGGAGAGCGACAGCCACAAGCCCUACGAGCCGGACCAUUGGCAGCGGGAUGAGGACGAGCACAAGUAUGGCUGGUGCGAGCAGAAGUAUGAGGACGACCAGAAGUAUGGGUACCACCAGCAGUACAACCGGGAGUAUGGGUACGACCAGAAGUAUGGGUACGACCAGAAGUAUGAGUACUCGUACAACAACAAGUACCACUACAACGAGAGUUACGGCCACAAGGUCAAAGGCGAGUAUGUGAAGGGCGGGUUUAAGGACACCAACGGGCAGUUCCACACGUAUGGUCAAGGCCGGGAUCGACCGCGGGCACGAGGCGGCUACCAGGCACAGAUGCAAAAAAAGCGACGUCUCGAGGAAGAGAAGAAGCAGAAGGAGGAGAUGGAAAGGGCCGCCGAGCGAAAAGAGCACUCGGCCCAGAUCAGCCAGGCUCUUUCGACAAUGAGUCGACUAGCUUCCGUGCUCGAACGGAAGCUUUGA